ACGAUCUCGCGAGAGCGAAUUAGUCACCCGAAGUAGCGCUAAGCGGCUUCUCGCGAUAAAAACAAAUUGCCGCUGCGGGAAGGGGCGGUGGCGGUGAGCAUCUCGCGAUACUUGGAGGUACGACGGCGGCGGCCGGGCGAAUGAGAGAACCGGAAGUCCUUCGUCUUGAGCGUCCAAUACUGGAAGCGGCCUUUCCUUACCGGAAACCCUUUUCCAGGGGGCUACGAAGACGGCCCAUCUGGCCGGAAGUCCCACCUCUUUGAGAUUCCCCCCCCCCGCAGAAGUUUUUCUGCUAACCUGUUUGCCUGGGUUCACUUUCUGCGUUUUAUCUCUGCACCAGAAAAGGACACGGUGUCUCCUUCCCAGCUCCACUAAACGGGUUUGACACCUCACUCCCCGACUCAGAGUUCCGUCUCUGACGCCCCCAUGUAGCUGUGAAGUGGGGCCUAGGGGUGGUUGGACCCCUGGGAUCCUUCUGAAGGAGGCAGAGAGGGCGCAGAACUCCACUUCUGCUCCCGCUGUCAGGACGCGACCGCCUCAGUCUUGCCCCUCCCGCUGCCAUGUACCCUGCGGUCUUCCCGCUUCCUGUGGUUGUGGCUACGGUGCUGUGGGGAGCUGCUCCCAUCCGAGGGCUCAUUCGAGCGACCUCGGAGUACAAUGGCAGCAUGGACUUUGCAGAUCUCCCAGCUCUGUUUGGGGCUGCCCUGAACGAGGAGGGACUCCAGGGAUUCCUUGUGGAGGCUCACCCAGAAAAUGCCUGCAGCCCCAUUACCCCACCACCCCCAGCCCCGGUCAACGGGUCAGUCUUUAUUGCACUGCUUCGAAGAUUCGACUGCAACUUUGACCUCAAGGUCCUAAAUGCUCAGAAGGCUGGGUAUGGUGCAGCUGUGGUACACAACGUGAAUUCCAAUGAGCUUCUGAACAUGGUGUGGAAUAGUGAGGAAAUCCAGCAGCAGAUCUGGAUCCCAUCUGUGUUUAUUGGAGAGAGGAGUGCCGAGUGCCUCCGUGCCCUCUUUGUCUAUCAGAAGGGGGCUCGGGUGCUUCUGGUUCCAGACAAUAGUUUCCCCUUGGGCUAUUACCUCAUUCCUUUCACUGGGAUUGUAGGACUACUGGUUUUGGCCAUGGGAGCAGUAUUGAUAGUUCGGUGUAUCCAACACCGAAAACGGCUCCAGCGGAAUCGACUUACCAAAGAGCAACUGAAACAGAUUCCUACCCAUGACUACCAGAAGGGUGAUGAGUAUGAUGUCUGUGCCAUCUGCCUGGAUGAAUAUGAAGAUGGAGACAAGCUUCGGGUACUCCCUUGUGCUCACGGUGAGACCACUGUCUACCCAUGCUAUAUUCCUGCCCCAUCAGCAAGUACCAGAUGUCUCAUACAGUCCUCCACAGCAUAUCACAGCCGAUGUGUGGACCCCUGGCUCACUCAGACCCGGAAGACCUGCCCCAUCUGUAAACAGCCUGUUCAUCGGGGUCCUGGGGAUGAGGAGGAGGAAGAAACUCAGGGACAAGAGGAAGGUGAUGAGGAAGGGGAACCAAGGGACCAACCUGCUUCAGAAUGGACCCCACUCCUAGGCUCUAGCCCCAAUCUUCCAACCUCCUUUGGCUCCCUAGCCCCAGCACCCCUAAUUUUUCCUGGGCCCUCAACAGAUCCCUCACCCUCUCCUUCCUCUGCCAUCUUAGCCUGAUAAUCUUCUACCACACCUGGAGCCUCUGGCAACCUAUUUGCACAACAAGGGAUAUUUCACUCCAGAUUCUCACCCAACCUCAUCUUUUUGAGGGGGCUGGUGGGGGGGCAUGGGGACACAAUCUCUACUUCUUGGGUUAAUAAACUUGUUUUUGUGGACUAAGAAAGGGUAA